CCCACUCACAGGAAAACUGGGUGUGUGAAAAUGGCAAGUGCAACACGCUUUGCUGGAUUAUAAAGAUCUCUUUUAUAUUUCAUUCUGUUUUUUUUUUUACAUUACGGACGAAGAUAAGCAAGCUGGGAACAUCUGCUCAAUAACAAACACGUUUGGGUGUCAGGCAAGAAAGACAAGGCAAAGGCUCCCCUAAUGAGGACUCCCUCCUCAUGGUCCUCUGUGAUUAUACAAACAACCACAUGGAAAACCGGCGCUGUCAGCAUCUUCCACAACCCAAUGGCCAGCCAGGAGAGGCCCCAGCUGGAGCCCGCUCAUCUGAAUGUGAGUCCCCACUGCUGUCCGGGACCACCUCCCUUAUUUCCCUCACCCAAACAGAGGAGCUCUUUGAACUGAUAGCCAGCUCACAGAGCCGCCGACUGGAUGACCAAAGAGCCAGUAUAGGAGAUCGGCUUGGUAUCACGAUAGCACAGAACAACACUGGCCAUUUAUGUGAAGCCUGUAAUCCACAGGAGCUUAGUGAUGAUUUCUUUAACAUGGUCAUAAAAUAUCAGUCCUCCCGGAUCAAUGACCAGAGGUGCUCACUGCCUCCAGUUCCAGAUCCAGAUGAAGACUUUUUCAGUCUCAUUCAAAGAGUACAAGCUAAACGAAUGGAUGAACAGCGAGUCUCCUUCCAUCCUGAUGAGAAUGAUAACACAAACUCUGAUCCCAAGUACAACCCAACCAGUUAGAGAUUACAGCAUUUAAUAGCAGCUUCUGUUGCCAUGCUUAAGCACUGACAUUGACAAGAUUGUCCUGGUAUAGAUCUCUAUACCAAAGUCUGUGGAUACGUUGUUGGAACUAGUUGACCCUGUGACUUUGCCAAGAUUUGUGUCAUGAAGUCUGGAAUAUAGUUUCUCAAUCUUAGAGAAUCACUGCAAAGCACAUUUUAAUGUCCUCUCUUCUCCCAGUACACCCAUUAACUCAUUAACAGGUCCUUUGUGCUCUAACAUGGCCUGUUUCAUGAGUAUGAAAAAAUUGUUACAAGAGGAAGCAUCCAAUUGUGUAUUGAAAAGCUACCUUUAGAAAACACUUCUAGGAAACAGGCCAAAAUAUUAUUAGACCAUUAAAACAUGUUGUAUGAAUCGGGAAAAAAGAAUAUAAUAUGUUUGCAUGGAUUCCAAUUCAACAAACUGCCAUGGUAAAUUAAAGCAUUAUUAAUUUCCACUAACUGUCAAUGCAAAUGUCACUCUUUUCAUUUUCAGUUCAAGUGGAAAAUUAUUUCUCACCAAAUCUGAAUAUGAAUCUGUUCCUAGGUGAUGAGAGUGAUGCACUUAGCCUAUGUUAAAAUCAUGGGACCUCUGGGUCAUUUGACUUCAAUGAACUUUUUCAGAAAAAUGAUUUAUUAAAAAAAGAACAAAAACA